AAAAAUUCUCGAGCGAGACGUUACGCAAGAUACAAUCAGAUAUGGGAAUAUAGUGGAUACCUACGGAUUACUCAGUUUACCUGAUCAAGUUAUACGGCUCACGGCGGAUGUGACCGGUUAACAACGGAGGUUUAGCACCUGAUCCCACCUGGUAUUUCCAGGGAUCCCGGCAUACUCUCAAGUUCACAGUGAUUCUACAAACUAAUAACCAUGGUCCUCUGCAAAAAGUGGAUUUAUGCUAAGACAUUUACCGGGGCUCCGGAAGCCGGGAACUUUACCCUGGAAACGGAGGAACUUCCCGAUCAGCUGAAACAUGGAGAAGUGCUUUGUGAAGCUGUCUUUUUGAGUGUUGAUCCUUAUAUGAGGUUAUUCCCGGUACCGGUGGGCUCGGUAAUGAUGGGCGAACAAGUAGCCAGGAUAAGUAAGAGCGAGAACACGGAUUAUCCAGUCGGAACCUACGUGAAGACUAUGGACGGCUGGAAAACUCACACAUUGUACUCUGAUGCCUCCAAACUCACAAAAGUACAAGACCUGGGUGACCUUCCCAAAUCCCUAGCUCUUGGAGCCUUAGGAUUGCCUGGAUUGACGGCCUACUUCGGGUUUCUGGAGGGUUGUUGUCCUAAAAGUACAGACACUGUCUUCGUGAAUAGCGCGGCGGGAGCGGUGGGCAUGAUUGUUGGACAAAUCGCCAAAAUUAAGGGUUGUAAAGUGGUGGGUAGUGCCGGAAGUGACGAAAAGUGUAAGUGGUUAAAAGAGAGUCUAGGGUUUGAUGAGGUGUUCAACUACAAAACCAAACCGCUAGAGGCCGCUCUUAACGACCACGCACCAAACGGGUUGGACUGCUUUUUUGAUAAUGUGGGAGGAGAGGACACUACCAUCGUGAUUAAACACAUGAACAAAUAUGGCAGAACCGCGAUUUGUGGAGCUAUCUCACAAUAUAACAAAAGUAAAGGAGAUAAAGGCGAAUUGCCAUACAGUCCAAUUCUAAUGAACUUGUUACGUGUUGAGGGGAUACAGAUUAUGAACUACGUUCAGAAAUGGCCAGAAGGAUUGAAACAGAUGUCGCAGUGGAUUAACGAGGGAAAGAUUAAAUAUAAAGAGACGGUAACAGAGGGCUUUGAAAACAUGGUUUCUGCAUUUAUAGGUCUCUUCUCAGGCCAACAUGUGGGAAAGGCUAUUGUAAAACCAUAAGUGACAUAUAUAAUAAGGAAACCGCGAACAGUGAAAUAAAUAAAUUUUGAUUACCGACAAA